AUGCCCAGGUCCCCCACCUCCAGGUCUGUGGAAGCUGUGGCAUCCUCCAACGGGGAGUGCUGGGUGAAGGAAAAAGGCCCCAAAGCCCUGGAUAUCUUCUCCCAUUUUAGCCCCGAUCCCAACGAAGACAACGCUGCCAACCUGAUUGACAGACCCCGGGAGUGUAAGCCGAAAGAGAAAUCCCUCGCCGUGCCCUCCCUGUCCCCAUCUCCCACCCCGUCGCUGGACUGCAAAGAGCCCAUGGGGGAGAGCACGGGGAACCUGCCGCCGGCUUUCGCGCCGUCCUUCGACACGAGCCAGGCCGGGGGGGCGAGCAGGUCCCCUCCCCACCUGAAGUCGGUCACCGUUCGCUACUCCACGGAGGAUUCUCCCAUCGCGUCCUGGCCCGGAUCCGACCCCAACCUCGACAGCAGCACCAGCAACCUUCCCGAGGUGAAACGCUCGCCCGCCAGCCCCCGGGAGCCCUUCUUCAAGCCUUCCUCACCAGUGGUGCAGAGCCCCAGGCUCUCCAGUUCUCCGAAGCAGCUGGACAGCAUCGCCCUCAAGGAAGAGCAUGAAGUUCUGGAGAAGUCGAUGGGAAGCCCACAGAGUAUGUCGAGCGCUGAGGAAGAGGAGGAGGAAGAAGACAACAACAACGAUUCCCCUUCUUCCAAUUCCUCGCGGCCCCUGAAGGUGCGGAUUAAAACCAUCAAAACAUCUUGUGGCAGCAUCACCAGGACGGUGACCCGGGUCUCGUCGGAUUCAGAGCCGGGCUCCGCCAAGGGGCCGGCCGAGCAGGGCUCCCACGACACCUCUCUGGAGGGUGCCAGCUUCUCGGCGUCGGCAGAGAAGGAGGAAGGGAUCGCGCUGGAGGUGCCCAAGGAGAAGAUGGAGCUCUCCAGCCCCUUGAAAACCAUCGAGGGGCCAAAAAUCGUCAGCGUUCAGCUUGGCAACGGCACCAAGCUCAAAGGGACUGUCCUGCCCGUCUCCACCAUCCAGAACGCCAGCAGCGCCAUGCUGAUCGCCGCCAGCGUGGCCCAGCAAAAAUCCGUGGUGCUGCCGGAAAAGACGGGUAAAGCCAUGGCCAAGAACAUCAUCAGCCUGGUGCCACAGACCCUGCCCAAAGCCGACACCAGGACCAACAUCAGCACCGUCACGCAGACCACCACCAUCACCACCACGGCCAACCAGAAAGUCAACGGCACCACAGUGGUGAUGGUGCAGCCGCAGAAGCCUUCCCCUACCGUCGCGGGCACAGUCAUUUCCAGGAGCCAGUCCAGCCUCGUGGAAGCCUUUAACAAGAUCCUCAACAGUAAAAACCUCUUGCCAACCUACAAACCCAACCUGAAUCCUCCGGCUGAUGCCAGCCUGGCCCUGCCUCCCUUCGGCUACCGCUGCCUGGAGUGCGGCGACUCCUUCGCCCUGGAGAAGAGCCUGGCUCGGCACUACGACCGGCGAAGCAUGCGCAUCGAGGUCACCUGCAACCACUGCACCAAGCGCCUCGUCUUCUUCAACAAGUGCAGCUUGCUGCUGCACGCCCGGGAGCACAAGGACAAGGGGCUGGUGAUGCAGUGUUCCCACCUGGUCAUGCGGCCCAUCGCCUUGGAUCAAAUGAUCGGGCAGCCGGACAUCAACUACAGCUGCUUCAGGUGCCUGGAGUGCAAAGAGCAGUGCAAGGACAAAGCCGGGCUGGCCGCCCAUUUCCAGCAGGCUGUGGCCACGGGGACGACCAGCAGCACGGUUUGCACGACGUGUCCCAUGAUCAUGUCCAACCGCUGCAGCUUCAACGCCCACCAGCGGAUGCACAAGAACCGACCUCCCCACGUCUGCCCCGAGUGCGGAGGGAAUUUCCUCCUGGCCAACUUCGAGGCCCACCUGAAGGAGGCCUGCCUGCACUUCUCCCGCAGAGUGGGGUACAGGUGUCCCAGCUGCGCCGUGGUCUUCGGCGGAGUCAACUCCAUCAAGUCCCACAUCCAGACCUCCCACUGCGAGGUGUUCCACAAGUGCCCCAUCUGCCCCAUGGCCUUCAAGUCGGCCCCCAGCGCCCACGCGCACGUCUACACGCAGCACCCCGGCUUCAGCAACCAGCAGUCCAAGAUGAUUUACAAGUGCGCGAUGUGCGACACGGUCUUCACCCACAAGCCCCUGCUUUCCUCCCACUUCGACCAGCAUCUGCUCAACCAGCGGGUCAGUGUCUUCAAGUGCCCAGACUGCCCGCUGCUCUUCGCCCAGAAGCGCACCAUGCUGGAGCACCUCAAGAACACUCAUCAGCCCCAGAAGCCCAAGGAAGACCUGGCAAAGAAGACGGCCGUCCUGCUCACACCGAAGCAGGAGCCUGUGGAAACCCCCGUGUCCAAGAUCUCGGAGGAAUCGUCGUCCUCCACGGAGGAGGACGAGCCGCCCAGCUCCCCGGAGCUGCGCAAGACCCAAAGCCGCUUCCAGCGCAAGACGGUCAACAAAUCGAAGGGCAGCGGGUGGACGUGCGGCGUUUGCCACUCCUGGUUCCCGGAGCGCGACGAAUACGUGUCUCACAUGAAGAAGGACCACGGCAAGUCGGUGAAGAAGUUCCCGUGCCACCUGUGCGAGCGCUCCUUCUGCUCCGCUCCCAGCCUCCGCAGACACGUGCGAGUCAACCACGAAGGGAUCAAGCGCGUCUAUCCCUGCCGGUACUGCACAGAGGGCAAACGGACCUUCAGCAGCCGCCUCAUCCUGGAGAAACACAUCCAGGUGCGACACGGGAUCAAGGUGACCGACCAGACGAAGAGCCAGGAGGUCGUUAUCGCCCGGAUAGGGACCGGCACCGCGCAGGUACCAGGGCUCUGCG